AUGUCCUCCCUCCCAAUCCACCAGCCCAUCCACCCCUCCAUGCGCCCCCGUCUCGACGCGCAAUACAUCGCGUUCCACGAACAGCAUUUCCAACACCUCCCCACCAUCGAAAGCCAGCCCUGGGAUCCCGCAUGUCGCAACGCAGCAGCGGCGUCGAGCGUCGGACGGGCAGCGAAGGUCGAUGUGGGGAGUGUGAGGGAUGUGGUGGUGAAGAGCGAGAAGGGGUAUGGGAAUGGGGGGAUGAUUGAGAUGCGGGUGUUUACGCCGGUCGGGGGAGGCGCCGAAAGGGGGGUGGCCGGUGCUGGUUUGGUUGCAUGGCGCUAUGCGAAAAUUGAAAUCGUAACGGAUGAUUAUGAUUAUCAUUGUGGUGGUGGAUGGGUAGUAGGAGGAUUGGAUAGCGAAAAUCCGUUUCUAACGCUGGUCUGUCGGGAUGUGAAAUGCGUGGUCGUGUCGCUGAACUAUCGCCAUGCUCCUGAACAUCCGUACCCCGCUGCUGUAGACGAUGUUGAGGAUGGUUUGAGUUGGAUAGCGAGGUUUGGAAAUAAAGAGCUGGGGGUUGAUACCCCGAGGAUUGUGUUGGGAGGUUUGAGCGCUGGCGGAGGCCUGGCAACCAUCCUAGCCAUGAAAGCCAGCCUUCUUCACCCACCGCUCCCAAUAACCGGCCAGCUUCUAAUCCUCCCCGUAAUCGACAACACAGCCGGCAUGUCCCUCCUCAACCCUUCCCCUUCCUCCACCACUUCAUCAGAUCCCUGGCACCCCAACCUACACGCCCCCUUCCUAACCCCCUCCCGCAUGCUCUGGUACCGCAAGCACUACCUCCCCACCCCCACGCACGCAUCCUCCUGGACCGCAUCCCCGAACCUCGCGCCCAGAGGCCUACUAGCCGCGUGUCCGCGCACCGUCAUCGCGAUCGGGGAGUGCGAUUUACUAGCCGAGGAAGGGCGGAGGUACGGCGCGUUGUUGAGGGGGGAGGGAGUGGCAUGUGAGGUGAAGGAGUAUAAGGGGGCCACGCAUUCGACGUUGAUUCUCGCGGGGUAUGUA